UGAUAAACACGGCGGUUUCCAACUCAGAGAGCCUCCUGAACAAGUUUAUUGAAGUUGGAAGCAAACUUUGAUCUAACUUGUAGCUCUUUCCGUGUUGCCUGUAUAGUUUCAGUUUAGCGUGAACCGGCGGUCCACCGACCGGGAAAUGAUUGGCACAUGGGACGCUCGCGGACAGAACUGUUCCGAGGGAGGUCUCUGCAGUGACUGACACGACCUUAUCAGGGGCCGCAAACCAGGCGUGACAGCUGAUCCGAGGCAGGAUGGAGGCUCCCGGUAACAAAGGCAGAGCUAACUUCGUCUUCAGGGUCGGAGAGAUGGAGACCCCGGGCCCCACUGUGCUCUCCUCCACCAUGUCCAUUGACAGGCUCUUCCCGGCUCUCCUGGAGUGUUUCGGGAUCAUACUGUGCGGGUACAUCGCAGGGAGGACGAACAUCAUCACCCCCAACCAGGCCAAAGGCCUGGGGAACUUUGUGUCCAAGUUCGCCCUCCCAGCACUGCUGUUCAAGAACAUGGUGCUGCUGGACUUCAAUAAUGUCAUCUGGCCUUUCCUGUGGAGCAUCCUCGUAGCCAAAGUGUCUGUGUUCUGCAUCGUGUGUGUCCUCACCCUGCUUGUUGCCAGUCCUGCCAGCCGCUACAGCAAGGCUGGACUCUUCUCAAUAUUUGCCACCCAAAGCAAUGACUUCGCUUUGGGAUAUCCAAUAGUUGAAGCCCUCUACCAGAGCUCCCACCCAGAGUACCUCCAGUACAUUUACCUGGUUGCACCUGUGUCCCUGAUGCUGUUGAAUCCCAUCGGCUUUGCCCUCUGUGAGAUCCAGAAGUGGAAGGAUCAGGGAAACCACCAACAGAGCAAACUAAUGAUCGUGGGAGUUGUAAUCUUCCAGGUCCUGAGAAACCCUAUCGUAUUUAUGGUUGUCAUUGGCAUCAUCGCCCAUUUCGUCCUGCACCAGAGGAUUCCCGCCUUUCUGUCUCAGUUUUUGGACGGCCUGGCCAACUCUUUUGGGGGUGCAGCAUUGUUCUACCUGGGCCUCUCCAUGGUGGGACAGCUGAGGAAACUAACCAAAUCCACAGUCGUAACCCUGAUAUUACUGAUUACAGCAAAACUAUUGCUAAUGCCUCUGAUUUGUAAGGACAUGGUGGACUUGUUGGACAAUAGUAAAAGCAACAGUUCCAACCACUCAAGUCUCUCGGACUAUGCCUUUCUUUAUGGAAUAUUUCCCACUGCCCCAAGUGUGGCCAUCUACGCUGUUUAUUACAACGCCGAACUAGAAGUUGUGACGUCUGGUAUGGUGAUCAGCACUUUUCUCUGCCCCAUAAUGUAUGUCUCAGCCUGGUUGCUGACGAUCAGCUGGAUGGACCCUCGGGUUUUAAUGAAUUCACUGCAAAACGUCUCAUUUAACAUCAGCAUUGUGAGCUUAGUUGCACUGGUGUGGACAAUUGUUGUUAUGUUUUUCAGUAAGAAAUUUAAAAGGUUACCUCACAUAUUUACGGUCCAUCUUUUCCUCGCACAGUUUCUCACCUGCAUUGCGAUGAUCCUGUGGAACUUUGUGGUGAAGGAAGACGACUUCAUCGGGCAAAUUGUGACUUUGACGUUGUUAUGCACCUCGCUGUACAGCACCUACAUAUGGCCAGGUCUGAUCGCGCUCUCGAUUCUCCUCUUGAAAAAAUAUGAGGAUCUGAUAGUUCCUCCGGGCGCGCUGGUGAUUGCAGGCUGGGGGAUUCCUGCUGCCUUUACUGCCAUUUUGCUCCUUUCUGGGGAAAAAGUCUCUGAUGUGAUUGACGCAUCUUUCUACUACGGCUUCCCGCAGGUGAUCAUCACCACAGUGGUCCUGGCCCUCGGCAUCCUGCUGGGAGGAGCCUCUAUGAUUUGUCUCAGUCGAGGCAGUUGGACAGCAAAUGACCAGAACCAGAACGUAAACCAUCUGUGUGACACUGAUGAUGAACUUAUCGCUGAUCCUGAAUCUGAUCGCCAGAAUCUGCUUGAAGCAGUCCCAGAAUCAACAGACGUCAACAGAGCUUGUCUCAUAUGUGACUGUGCAGCACCGCAGCCCAUGCCAGAUAUGAUCAUCAGCACAAAUGCAAACAGCACACCCACCAGUCAUACAGGUCAGUGUCAGAACCGGUGCGACUCCACAGACUGCCUCCUCGUCCAGGCGGAGGAGCUCCAACAGGUUGCAGACAGACAAGUGGCCCGUCAUGCGCUGUUAUGUCUGCUGCUGACUGUCAGCCUGCUCGCCAACCUGUCCAGCUGCCUUUGGUUGCUGUUUAACCGUGUUCCUGGUCGACUGUACUUGGAGCUGCUGUUCUUCUGCGCCGUGACCAACUACGGACAGGGACUCCUGUCGUUUGCUCUCUUCGGCCUGGACAAGCACCUGAUUUUACUGCCUUUUAAGAGGAGAUUAUACAAUCUGUGGUAUAGAAAGAAAAAAGAAGAGCAGCCAGGGGAGGAUUUACCCGAGGAAAUCAGGAUGACCUGCGCCCAGUUCACUAAAUACCACCAGCAGCAGUGUUUCCGGGACAUCGUCAAGAAACAAAGGUGUGGGAAGAAAACCGCGGUGAACUGCUUCCUGGGCUGCGACCUGGUGGAGUGGCUGCAGCAGGUGGGCUUGGCUCAGGACCGCGGCGAAGCGGUCCUGUACGGGACCCGGCUGCAGCACGGAGGCGUCCUCCAGCACAUCAAGCAGGAAUACGACUUCCAGGACGGCUCCCUCUACUACCGCUUCCUGACAUGAAGAACCUCGGCUCUUCUUUCAUCCCAAAGACAAAUAUUUCCUCUGAAGCGGCUCGGCGGUGUCCACGCCCUGAGCAGCCCAGCGUUGCACAAUGAACUAUUGUGGUGUUCAACGUGUGGCUCGUGUGUUGAAAUAAGACGCUGCUGUUGGUGCAGGGAAGUGUUACGAAGUGUAACACUGUUUAGGCCACUGGGCGCUAGGCCCUGCACUGCAUUCUUCUCCAUAGCAAUUAAUGAUGAAGCUUUUUUUAAUCUGCCUCAGGUUUUUUUGAGGCUGGAUUCGACAGCCACACACACGCGCGCACACACACACACACACACACACACUCCUGUUUAGCCAUUUGAGAAUCAUUGAGGUUUCUGUGAAAUGUGAAGUCAGUAAUGGCAGUACUAGACUGUGAAAAAAUGCACUAUUGCCGUGCACUGCCAUGUGUAACAGUGAAAACGAGCGCGUGCAUAAUGUAGGAGCGUGCGCAAAAGGCUAACUAAUUAUUUAAAAUGUAAUUUAUUUGAACAUGUGUCAGUAUUUUAUACUAGUGUGAUACACUCCAGGUCAUAUAGCCGCUCUGCUG